UCCAUCUCAGAAGCGUCUCUGGCACGUGGGCUUGAUGAGCUCUCUAACGGGGCGAGCUCGAGGCGCUCACUAAUCCGCAUGCCACAGCCACCAACAACCUUUCAAACUUACAUUUCCAUCAAACUCCGACCACAACAGCAGGCAAUCAUGACUAUAGACGCGCCCGUUAUUUUGUCCGCACUUUUCUUCACGAUUAUUGCCAUUAUAGUUGCGUCGGCGUUCCUGGCGAAGAAACCUGCGCAAAAGAAAGAGCAGAAACAGAAACAACACGAGGAGAGAUCCGAGCGGGUUGCUGAAUAUCACCAGCCCAGAGUAGAGCAACCAGCUCCAGUUCAGAAGGAGCUGAUUACUGAAAAGAAAAGAGAAGAAGUCGUCCCCCAAACACCUGGACAGGCAGAGGUAAAGGCUGAAGAGGAGAUCGCUGUUGAGCCGAAAAAGGAAGAGCCCGCUGCAGUCGCGCCUGUAAUUGAGGAAGUUGGUGUUGUAGAAGAACAGCCUGCAGUUGAACCUGAGGUCAUCCCUGUGCAAGAAACACCUGUCCAGCCCAAACCCGAGCUUGAGCCCGAGCCUGUACCUGAAGAAGUCGUACCAUCAGCACCUGUAGAAGAGCCCGUUCCUGUGCCAGAGCCAGUGCCUGAGCAAGUACCCAACUCGUCACCAGAACCAGUGGCUGAACCAGUGAAGAAGUCUGUCCCAGAACCAGUGCCUGAACUAGUCCCAGAGGUGCCCAUUCAUGAACCAGCAUCUGAAACCACCCCAGAACCAGUAUCAGUGGCUGCCCCAGAACCACUUUCUGUUCCAAACCCUGAAACGGAGCCUGCACCCAUCACAGAGCCACUGUCCUCACCAGCCCCUGAAGCAGCGCCUGUGCCCAUCCCUGAGACCUCACCAGCAGCUGAAUCCCUUCCAGAAGUCCUACAGAAUACUGAUGUGGCAGCUGCUUUGGUGACAGAUGAGGUCGAGACCUCUGCAGCCCUCCCCGGAAAUAAGAGGACCGCCAAGUUUGAGAAGAGAAUGACCAAGGAGGAGAUGAAUGAGGAGCAAAGGAUAGAGUUCACAAAUGACUUUACAGCUCUUUAAACAACACCAGGCAGUAUGCCUUUGUCAGGCCUCUGAGAUGCCGAGUGAGCAGAAGUUAAGGGAAGAUGCGCUCCCUCUAAUGGACCU